AUGAGUGUUGGUGGGGGGUCUUUGAUGCGCUCAGAAACGUUUUCGUCUCGAAGUUUUGGGUCGCUGAGGGAGGCGGGGAACGUCGAUGUCUCCUUGGAGCGGUGCACAUCCGCGUGUAGUGAUUCCAAGAACAAUCAUGCUGACGACAGUGGUAGAGUUAUUUCGCAGUGGGACCGUUUUCCCCGCAGUCAGCAAAUUGGCACCGGCAGCUUUGGGAAUGUGUUUCUGUGCCAUGACAUGUUGCCUGGAAGCCCGUGGUAUCGGCAGCCUGUUGCGGUGAAGGCGGUACCACUUGAUGCACUCACGGACAGUGGGGUGAUGCUUGCAAUGAACGAGGUGGCCAUUCUGCGACACCUGCGGCACCCAAACAUUUUGCAUUACAUUGACAGCUUUUUGGAUGAGGAGAAGCAAAUGUGUUUGGUCUCCGAAUAUGCGGAAGGCGGUGACUUGACGUUCCUCCUGCGACGCUCCUGGGAGCUCAGCGGGGGAAGCAACAAUAAAGGGUCCUGUCAUUCCCAUCAGUGGGAGGAACACGAGAGGGAGGACAUGCGUGAAGGGAGUCAAAGUGCACAUCUAGCGAGUGGUAGUAAAAAUAUUCUGACGACACGGAGGGCGGUGUCCGUCUUGGACGACACGCAACAUGGACAGGCGUGUCCAUAUAACUGGAUUGAGUCGUACCGGAUCACCGACAUUGUGCGACAGUGCCUGGAAGCCCUCUCGUAUCUCCAUCAGUGCUACAUUAUUCACCGUGAUGUCAAAGCGGCUAACGUAUACAUGACCAAAAACGGCAAUGUAAAACUUGGGGACUUUGGUGCAAGCAAACUUGUAAACUUGACGGAUCCGUUGGCAAACACAUUUAUUGGUACGCCUUUUUACCUUUGCCCCGAACUCUGCCUUGGAGAGCCAUACUCGUUUGGUGCUGACGUGUGGGCAUUGGGUGUCCUCACUUAUGAGAUGUACUGUCUGAAACUUCCUUUUGUUGCAGAUAACGUGCUGGCGCAAAUUCACGUCGUCACAGAAGGACAGUACGAUAGGGAGGCACUUUAUCGUGCGCACACUUUUAGUCCAUCUGACCUGCAGUCAUUAGAGACGAAAUACGGGGCCGCAUUUACUCAGCAAGAGAGGAGUUUGCACAUGCUGGUGGUUGCAUUGGUGGAGCGUAUGCUUGUCGUGGAUCCACUGGAACGACCAUCUGCGUCCCAGCUGUUGCGGGAGUUUUUUUUUGCGGAACCGCACUCCGGCUCCUUAGGCACCGUGAGCCGGCCGAUUUCGAGGGAAUCAUUGACUCGUCUCGACAGCUCGAAUACGAGGGAGAGUGCUUCACAGGGCUUAAUAUCUCGCUGUCUCACGUCAACCACCGAAAGCAACACGGAGACGAGGGAAGCAACGAUAGAAGCGGCUGCAUUGAUUGCUAGUAGCGUUAGUCAGUCCUAUGGGGCGUUGCUGGAGAAGCUGCCAAAAGAACGACGAAACGACAUUAUACAGGCGGCGUCACGAUCGGCUUCUCUGGCUGGGUGUUUGCGGCGCGGCUCGUCGGCCUUGCAGGCCACAAUUGACGCGGUGGAGUUGGGCGACACCGUCUGUUUGGCGAGCCAUGAGGUAAUAUCCGAGACGGUUGAUAAAAUUCCCUGGCUGCGACACGCCGAAGCCUUUUCGCUGCUCACUCUGCAUGAGGGACACGAGGAUGACGUCGUGCAGGUGGACUGGAUAGACGAGGAGCACUUUUCACUUUUGUCGCCACGAAAAAGACGCUGUUUGUCGUUAUCAUGUGCCAGGCCCGAUGGCGAUAAAGAAGUGGAUUUGCCGGAGACGCGGGGUUUGAUACCAAUGGCAGGGCGUAAAAUGGCGGGUCGAGGCGAGGACGCGGAAGAGACGCGUGCUGUUGCUACGCCGGCGAUUCACACAUUCCACGUGGAUGAGAAGGUGCGGAGUCCGCCUGGGAGUGUUGGUCGUUGUCAAGGUCUUUCCACAGAGGCGUUGGAGAAGAUUUUGCGCAAAAAAAUUAUGGCGAGUUAUGUACACCGGCAGUGGCGACUUAAAGCAAUGCGCGAGGCAUAUGCCGUUCAUGAGGAGGAGAGGUCAAGACUGCGGGCGGAGCUCAACGAACUGUACGCCAAGUCAUUUUUUGAAGAGCGUCGGGGGAUGAUGACAUGCGAGGAGGAAAUGGAAAUGAGCUCCACCAUGAGCAUGCCAGGGAACUUGGAGUCGACCCAAAGUCCACAUUCUAUAGCCGCAGCUGCGGCGUUGUUUGUGACGGAUGCCACAUUGGGACCGGUAAUUGGGGGCGAUUUCACCAAAACCGCUGGGAUUGAGCGGACCCUCCGUCGAUUGACCGCCUCUCCCGGCUACUCAACGACGGGAUACCGCGAUGGUAACACGUCACUACUAACCAAUGAAGUGGUGAGGAUUGCACGGGAUGCGGCGGCUGUGGCGGAGCGCUGCAAGAAGUGGGCGGUGCAGCCACCAGCGCGGUUGGAUUUCAGUAAGCGUCAGGUGGACGAGGUAGACCGGCGAAGCACGUCGUCCGUGACGGACUCGGAGCGGGGGACGAAUAUGGAGGUGUAUGAUACGCCUGUGACUCUCUGCAUUUUGCCAGAUGAAUCGUACAUUACAAGACAGCAUAAGUCACCACCUCCACCACCAGUAAGCGGCUCCGCUGUCGCUGUGGGGUCGCUUGUACUCCCAAUGACUGUCACAAUGAAGCCGAUUAGUCGACGAACACGACUGGACGGCAUUAUUUGGCGAGUCAAGGCGACUUUGAAGGCCCACGGUCUUGAUCAUGUGCUCUUUUUUCCUCUUGACAUUGAUAAUGCAAACGAGGUGGACGCUGAGGAACUUGGAAUUCGCUACUUUGAUUGCGUGGGUGAUAUCAUUGAGAUUUCGGAGGCCUCGGACUGGUACUAUGUAAGACGCGAUUGGUACCAACGUAAAGGGUUGCCGUGGAUGCAGUUAUAUAUGGUAAUACAAUAG